GCGGUUUUAUUUAAAUUUAAAUUCCAGCGAAAUUUCAAUAAAACGUUUCAUAUCUGUUGACAAUUGUAAAAGACUAGUUUUAAGAUGUUUCAGUAAAUUUUAAAAAGAAUUUUACCAUCGUACUUAAGUAGAUUGGUUAUACCGUAAUCUUAGAUGAUUUCUUUAAGUUCUUCAAGAGUUUUUCAAGAUGAAAUAAAAGAAAAAUGCGAAUCUCCAGCUCGACUUCUAGUGAAAAGUUUUGCUAAAUGUCCACGUUUAAGUUUUAACAAAGUUAAAGUAGGUAAAAGUGGAACAUUGGAUCUUCUUAUUGAAAAUCCUAACAACUUUCUUGUUUCAUUGACUACAGAUCAGUUUUCCGUUGAAACUUCGUUAGAAAUUGUUAUUAGCCAUGAUGUUUUGUUAAACAAUGACAAAACUGUCACGAUUGUAAUACCAGAAAAGUCGUUUAAAGUAUUAAAAUUUAAAUGGAGUCCGAAGAAAGCAGACAAAAUCAGACAUACCUUGUUCCUUAGAUGGGACGAGGGACCUAAACUUCAGGUAAUAUUGCUUGGAACUGCAGAAGAAAUUGGAUCAACAAAAAUUAAUAAUAGCAAGAUACCCAAAGUUCUUUGCAACACUCGCAACUCUUUAGAAGAAAAGAAAUCUAGUUUUACUCCACCAAAAGUUGAAAAAUUAUUAACAAAUAUGCAGUUAGAAACCUCUGCUCGUCGCACAACUUUUACAGUUGAUAGCACCAGUCCAAUUAAAAAAGUAGUAAAGAGAAUUAAUGCUGGUUCUUUGUCACCAUUAAGUUUUGAUAAAUAUGAGUCUGUCCAAAAAGAAAACAAAGAUCCAUUAAAGAUUGGAAAGGUUAAAAAACUGCCUCUGAACAACUUGAGCCAUAGAAAAAUUGAAGACAAAAAAAAAGAAGAUUUUAUUGACUGGAAGCAAGAAAAUAAACCAAAUAAAUCAAGUUCAGCAAAGAUUAAUUUAUUUUUAGAAAAGUCAAAUUGUAUGGAAAAUAUUUCAAGUAACCCAAAGCAUUCUAAUUAUUUAAAACGACAACCUGUUUCUAGAACUUUACCUGUAAAGCCUGUUCAAGGUUUGUCUGUUAGGAAGUUAAAGUUAACAGCUUCUUCAAAAGCAGAUCUUCCACGUCACCCAUUACCUUACGCUGCAAAGAAUAUGUGUUAUGAUGAGCGAUGGAUAGAUAAGCAGGAAAGAGGUUUUACCAAUUGGUUAAAUUUUAUACUGACUCCCGAUUGCAAUGACAACGAGGAAGAUGAAAAUGAACGAAGAGGUACCUAUACAAUAGAUUCAAGUAAAAGACAACCAAUUGCUCCUUCGCGUGAAGAUGUCUCUUUUCAAGUGUAUUCACUUCGUCAUAAAAUGGUUUGUCUUCGCCGUGCAGGUUGUUUGUUAUAUCAAAAUGAAGAAUUUUCAUUGAUUAUACAAAAGAUUGAACGAGAGAUUGAAUGUAACAUGUUAGCUAUCCGAGCAGACAAAAGAAUUGAAGCAGAUUUAGGUAUAAAAACAAAAAUCAGAGACAUGAUUCUUUCUUACAACUCCCUUUGGUUAAGAAUUGGUCUUGAGGUCAUAUAUGGGGAGAUAAUCUUAUUACAGUCAAACAAUGAUGUUUUUAACUUGUCAAAAUUUGUAAUGAGUCGCAUGCUUGCAAAUCCUUUAAUAUCAAAGCAAUACUCUCACACAACUGUUCCCAACUUGUACAGACCAGGGUACGAGGAAGCUAUUCGUAAAUUUAUUCUCAAAAAAUUUUUACUUUUGGUUAUAUUUUUGGAUCGCGCAAAGCAAAAUCGACUCAUAGAGCAUGAUCCAUGUUUAUUUUUAAAAAAUUCAGAGUUUAAGACAAGUCGUGAUCUUUUGCUAGCAUUUUCUAGAGAUUAUUUGAAAGGCGAAGGGGAUAUCACAAAGCAUUUGAGCUACAUGGGUAUAGUAGUUCAGCAUCAACAGUCAGUUAUAGAUGAAUAUGACUUUGGUUUAAAAAAUCUUGCUGUUGAUUUAAGAGAUGGUGUUCGUCUAGUGCGUGUUCUUGAACUUUUAACAAAAGACUGGUCACACUCUUCCAAACUUAGGUUACCGGCUGUCAGUAGAUUACAGAAAAUUCACAAUAAUAGUGUUGCCCUUGGAAUUUUAAAAAAUCAUGGUUUGAAUUUGUCAACAGAACCUAAAAAUGUUGUUGAUGGCCACCGUGAGAAAACAUUAAUGUUACUCUGGCAAAUAAUAUUUCAUUUUGAAGUUAAUAUGCUACUUGAUAUAGAGAAACUAAAAGAAGAAAUUGAAUAUCAAAAAAAAAGGUUGCAAGUAAAUAAAGAACUGGCUUCACUCUCUGAAAGUCUUCCUGAAUCACAUGGUGAACUUAUAUCCGCUUAUGAAAAGUCAGAAAAAAUGACUCUUUUAUUAAAUUGGUGUCAAAUUAUAUGCUCUCAUUAUGAAGUAAAGGUUGAGAAUUUUACAGUUUCAUUUUCGGAUGGCAUUGCGUUGUGUUGUUUGGUUAAUUAUUACCACCCAGAUAUUCUUCCAACAUCACUUAUCAAUCACGAGACUACACUUACCCGUAAUAUUGCUUUAUGUGAAGAGGAAGUUGCUGGUGACUUUUUUUAUGAAAACUGGACAAAGUGUUUUAGCCCAAAUACUGGUAUAAACAGAAAUUUAGAAAUGUUGCUUAUGAAUGAGAAACAUAAUUACAGAGUGCUUAAUCAAGCUGUACAGGAUUUGGGUGGCAUUCCUUCUAUGUUAAGGAGUAGUGAUAUGUCUAAUACUAUUCCUGAUGAAAAGGUUGUAGUUACAUAUGUUUCUUAUUUGUGUGCACGUCUGUUAAAUAUAAGAGAAGAGACUCAGGCUGCAAGAAAAAUUCAGCUAUCCUGGAGAAGAUAUUCCCUGAGGAAGCAAAGAAAUUUACUUAAGGUUUAUGAAACUGCUGCUCUCAAAAUUCAGAACUGGUAUCGUAAGCAUCAUAACAAACGUCGUAGUGCUCAGCACACUUAUGCAGUCAAAGUUAUUCAAAAGACUUGGAGAAGUUAUAAAGAAAGAUGUUUAUGUAAUUUUAAAUACCAAGCUGAACGUGAAAAUAAUGCAGCUGUUGUAAUACAGAGCUAUGUACGCUGUUAUUUGGCUCGCCUUGAUUAUCUUUUUUUACGUGGUUGUAUUAUACUAUGUCAAAGUGUUGCUCGAAGAUGGUUUGUAAAGCAGGAUCUUAUCAAAAAACGAAUUGCAGCCUCCAUUAUUCAAUCUUGUUUUAGAGGUUAUUUACAUACAUGUUAUUUAAGGUAUCAGUUUUUGCAACAAAGAGCCUCAUCAAUUGUUAUUCAAAGAGCAUUUCGCAAUCAUAUAAGUAGAAAAAAAUCCAAGUUAAAGUAUUUUGAGUUAUGUAACAGAGCUGCUUCUAUUAUUCAAUCUCACUAUAAAGGAUUUGUUUGCAAAAAGCAAUAUAAAUGUCUUAAAUCAUCAACUAUUGUUGUCCAGCAACUAGCUAGAGGUUUAAUUCAAAGAAAGAGGUUUUUAAGACAAAAACAGGCUGUUUGUAUAAUUGAGAGUUUUUAUAUUUCCUGCAUUAAAAGAAGAUUUGCUCAAAGAGAAUAUUUUACUAUCCGAAAAUCUAUUUUAAAAGUUCAACAGCACUGGAGGCAAACUUUGUAUUCCAGAGUUUUACGAUAUAAAUACUUGCAAAUGAAAUUUGCUGCUAUUCUCAUUCAAUCGUGGAUAAAGAUGACACUUGCUCGUAGAAAGUUCUUAAAUAUUAAAAAAUCAGUUGUCAUUAUUGAAAAUGCUUGGUUAUCUUUUCAGCAAGGAAGAUAUGAACAGAGAAAAUAUUUGUGUUUAAAACACAGUGUUUAUAUAAUUGAAUGCAAAUAUAAAGCUAUUCUUUUGAUGAGGCAUGAAAAAGCAAAGUUAAAAAACAUUAUCCAAUCAAUUGUUUUAAUACAAUCAUGUUUCAGGUGUUGGUCAAUUCGAAAAAAGUUUAUAAAUAGAAAAAAUGCUUGCAUUCUAUUGCAAAAAGUUUGGCGUGCGUAUUAUGCCAAAAAGCUUGCACAUAGAGAGUAUUGUAGAAAAAAACAUUCUGUUAUACUAUUGCAAAAGCAAGUCAGGAUGUUUUUAGCAAUGAAGGAGUUUUCCCUAAAAAAAAAAGCUGUUCUAACAAUACAAAGCUUGUUUAGAAUGUUUUUGUGUCGUAAAAAAUAUUUAUUGUGCCUCAAAGCUGUUGUUUGUAUACAGAGAAAUACUAGACAUUAUCUUUUGAGAUAUAAAAGAAGAAAAGCAGCUAUUAAAAUUCAAGCAACACUGAGAAUGUUUAUUUGUUUAAAGAAAUUUGCUAAACAGAAACACGCAAUUCAAGUUAUGCAACGCUUUAUCCGAGUUUUUAUAUGUCGACGUGCAUAUCAGCAUAAAAUUGCUUCUGUAAUUAAAAUUCAGUCAUUUAUAAGAAUGUGUAUAUCAAAGAUGUUAUUUAAAAAGCAAAAAAAUGCUAUCAUUAAAGUUCAAGCUUUAGCGAGAAGAUACAUAUGUCAGCAGCUGUUUUUUAAACAUCGUAAUGCUGCUAUUAUCAUUCAGUCAUUCUUCAGAAUGUUACUUAUAAAAAAAAUCUUUUUGUUAAAGAUUAAAUCUGCAAUACAAAUUCAGUCUUGUUAUAGAUCAUUCAAUGCUUUUAAAAAUUAUAAUAUACUAAAGAAUUCAGUUCUAAAAAUUCAGUCAUUCUUUCGGAUGUGUAUUUGCAAGACUAGAUUUAAUGUUCAAAAAAAGCAUUCUAUAGUUUUACAGUCAUAUAUUCGAAUGUUUUUGCAAAGAAAGAGAUAUUUACAGUUGCAACAUACAGUUAUUGAAGUUCAAUCAAAAUGCAGAAUGAAAAGACAGAGAGAUUUAUAUCUAAAAUUAAGACAAAGCUCAAUAAUAAUUCAAUCUUUUUUUAGAGGUUACAGAGAAAGACAUUUUUAUGCUUUAUCAAAAAAGAAUAUUAUCAAAAUUCAGUCGUAUAUAAGAAUGUUUGUUGCAAGACAAAAGUAUAUUAGACAGCGAGUAGCCAUUAUUUUGAUUCAGUCUGUUUGCAGAAUGUCUGUUGCGAGGAAAGAUUUCAUAAGAAAAAAGCUAUCAUCUGUCAAAAUUCAGACUGCUUAUAGAAAGUACAUAAUUUAUAAUAAGCAAAAAAAGGCAGCUAUAGUAAUACAAAAAAUAUUUAGAGGAACAAUGCAUAGAAAGAAAUUUCUUCAACAAAAGCAAGCAGCUGUACGAUUUCAAGCAUACUUUAGAGGAUUGAUUCAAAAAAAUAAAUUUAUUCGGCAAAAGCAAGCAGCUGUACUAUUGCAAGCAUACUUCAGAGGAUUGAUUCAAAAAAAGAAAUUUCUUCAACAAAAGCAAGCAGCUGUACUAUUGCAAGCAUACUUUAGAGGGUUCAUUCAAAAAAAGAAAUUUCUUCAGCAAAAGCAAGCAGCUGUACUAUUGCAAGCAUACUUUAGAGGAUUGAUUCAAAAAAAGAAAUUUCUUCAACAAAAGCAAGCAGCUGUACUAUUGCAAGCAUACUUUAGAGGAUUGAUUCAAAAAAAGAAAUUUCUUCAGCAAAAGCAAGUAGCUGUACUAUUGCAAGCAUACUUUAGAGGAUUGAUUCAAAAAAAGAAAUUUCUUCAACAAAAGCAAGCAGCUGUACUAUUGCAAGCAUUCUUUAGAGGAUUGAUUCAAAAAAAGAAAUUUCUUCAACAAAAGCAAGCAGCUGUACUAUUGCAAGCAUACUUUAGAGGAUUGAUUCAAAAAAAGAAAUUUCUUCAGCAAAGAAUUGCUGCUACUCAAUUGCAAUCUUUUGUGCGAAUGUUUUUACAAAAAAAGCUUUUUAAUCAACAAGUUACAGCUAUAAACAAAAUUAAAGCUUGGUUACAAGGUUAUUGCCUUAGACAGCAUUUUAAAAGACUUAGAAAUGCGUGUACUCUAUUACAGUCUAUUUAUCGAAUGCAUUUAAAGAGAAGACAUUUUAAAAUUCUAAAAAAGUCUGCAGUUAUUAUUCAAUCUACAUUCAGAAGCCACUACUGUUAUUCAAAGUAUGUAUUUUUGAAAUCUGCGGUUGUUAGAAUUCAAACAAAUUACAGAAUGCAUUGCUGCAUUGUGAAAUAUAAAAGUUUACGAGUUGCAGUAAUCAAAAUUCAAGCUUUUGCAAGAAUGGUUAUAUUUAGAAGUAACUAUAAAAAAUUGCAAAAAGAAGUGAAGAAAUUGCAAUCUUGGUGGAGAAUGUGCUAUUUACAGAUUAUUUUAAAAAGACAAACAUCUUCUGCCAUUAAAAUCCAAUCUAUUUACCGAAUGUUUGUUAUAAAGAAAACUUAUUUAAAUAAAAGAAAUGCAGCAAUUAAAAUACAGGCUUUUGUAAGAAUGUUUAUAACUCAAAGUAAAUAUAAAAAAUUGCAACAGUUAAAAUCAGCCACAACCAUACAAUUUUAUUACCGAAGUUGGAAAGUUAGAAAUGCUAGGAGAAAAUUCAUUUUAGAAAACUGUGUUACUAUACAAAGAUGGUGGCGCAAAAAGAGAGAAAAUUUACAUCAACAUUAUGCUGCAGUCAUAUUGCAAUCUUGUUUUCGAAUGUUUUUAUUAAGACAAGAAUAUUUAAGAAAGCUAAAAGCAGUUUCAGUCAUCAGAGGUUGGUAUCAAAUGCAUCGACAGCGUUCCGUAUAUUUAAAAUUAAUUAAAUCAGCUAUAAAGUUGCAAAGUUGGUAUCGUUCAGUUUUAGCACGCAAUCGUUUUUUAAUCAUGAAGCGUGCAGCAAUCACUAUUCAGCUAUAUUACAGAGCAUUUACUGUUGGAUAUCCAAUAUAUUUAUAUUAUCAUGUUUACCGUGGUGCAAUCAUAACUAUUCAAGCUGUUUAUAGGGGACAUAUUGCAAGAAAACAAUUUCAAAGAAAAAAGAAAAGCAUUGUUGUUUUGCAAUCUUUUUUUUUAAUGGUAACUCAACGUAAAAGAUAUUUAUAUUUUCUAUCCACUGUUAAAUUUUGUCAAAAUAAAAUUAGAUCAGUUUUGAUAAGAAAACAUUACUUAAAAAUCAAAUCAUCAGUUUUAACUAUUCAAUCUUUUGUUCGUCAGCAUAUUGCGCGUUGCAAGUUUUAUGCUGCACUAAAAAUUCAAUGUGCUUUUAAAUCAUUUCUUGCUGUUCAGCAUCUAAAAACACUAAAGCAUAUAGACAAGAAAAAUAAAGCGGUUCUUUAUCUUCAAAGAACAUACAGGAGAAAUGCACUAUGCAGAAUCGAAAGAAAAAAUUAUCUUAGAAUUCGAAAUUCUACUAUAGUCCUACAAAGUCACAUUCGAAAGUGGUUAGCUUUUAAACAUUAUUCAAAGCUGUAUAAAUCCAUAUGUUUAAUUCAGCGAGUUUGGAAAAGUUAUAAUUAUACUAAAAAAAUUUCUAUUUGUUGUGAGGAAGUUUUAAAUAUUGUUCAAAUUUGUUACAAUUAUUGUCAAGUUCGCACAAAUGCUUCAUUAAAAAUAACUUCUUUCAUGAAAAUGAUAGUCAUGCAAAAAAAGUAUCGCAAAGUAAAGAAUUCUGUACUUUGUAUUCAGAAAACAUGGCGAAAGUUUGCUAUAAAAAAGAAAACAAAUGCAGUUAGAAAGAUUGAGGCAUGGUAUAUCCGUUCAAAAACAAUUAAAAAAAUGAAAGAAUUACAAAAAGUAGAAAACGCAGCACUAGUAAUACAAAAAUCAUAUAGAAACUAUUGUGUUUCUAAAAAAGAAAAACAAAAAUAUAUAAGACUAAAGUCUUCUGUAAUACUUUUGCAAUGUGUGUUUCGCAAGAAAUUAGCUUCCAAAAAAUUACUCAUUAUGAAGCAAGCUGCAAAUAAAAUCGAAAACUGGUAUUCAUUAUGCAAGCAGAAACAUCAAAAAAAAAGACAAUUGAUCUUACUAAAUUUUAUACGAGCCUCUUUAUUGUGUCUUUCAUUGCUCAAAAUUCAAAGGUGGAUGCGAAAAAAAUUAAAUAAUAAAUUUGAAAAAGAACAUUCUAAAAAAGAGUUUUCAGCACUUGUUAUACAGUCACGUUGGCGUGGUUAUCGAGUUCGUUCUCGCAUUAACGAUAGUAGGUUGAAAGAAGUUGCUGUACGAAUCAAUAUAGCUACAAAUAAUUCAACUGAAGCUAUGAAAUUGUGUAAUCGAACUAAAUCCGCACUUGACUACAUACUUCAUGUGAAAAAUUUAUCAACAGUUCAUGAAGCACUUAAAAAUUUAGCUGUGGUGACUGCUUUGUCAUUUCGAUGUUGUGAACAGUUAAUGCAAGACGAAGCAUUAAGUGUAAUUUACAGGGUAGUAAAUUAUAGUAAUAGGAGUCUUCCAUGGAUCUCAAUCAAAGAAGUUGCUCUUGAUAUUUUAUUAAAUUUAGCUAAGUGUCCAACCACAUACAAAGCUGUUUACAACCAUCCUUCAUCUACAACUAUAAUAUUAGAUCAAAUGUCUAAUUAUCGCGAUAAGAAGUGUUUUAUUUUUUCAAAAGCCUGCAAUCUUCUAACAAUUCUUUGCCAUGAUGAUGAUAUAAAAUUGGAUAUUAAAAACACCAAAAAAAAUUCAGAAAAAGUACUGUCUUUUUACCGUUUGUUAAACCGCAAGAAACAAUUAGACGCUCACCGUCAAGUUCAAAAAGAGAAAAAGAAAGAUCUCUUUAACGGAAACGCCAAGUGGCAUCGAAGAACAAGUGCGAUUAAUACCGAAGAUCCUUUUACCGCUGUCCAUUUAUUGAUUAAUACUCUUGAAAUUGCAGCUAACGUUUAAGUUAAUGGACAGUCAGUGAUUUAAGCGGGCGGUUUACAAAGUACUUGUUUCAUCGUCUAUCGAUUUUUCUCUUUUUCACUGGUAUACAACUAACGGAAAAUAACUUGCAGCUGUGAAAUCAGGAUGAUAAAAGCUACUCACAAUGUUUUUUGAGCUUUAUGCAUUGAGUGAAAGACAGAAAUGACGCACGGUACCUAAUCUACACUGAUUUUUCGAUUUUAGUUGUUUUUUAAUAAUUUUAAUUUAUAUUUUAUUUACAAUAAUAUUAUUAUUUAUUUAUGAUUUUAUAAAUAAAAUAAUAAUAUUGUAUGGAGUUAUCUUUUAGAUGAAAAAUCUCCAUUUUUUGAA